AUGCACUACCACUACAGCCAGAAGAAAAUCUCUGCCAAUUCCGAGCAGUAUAAGGCAGGCUUCUGCUUGUUCGUGACCACUCCAACAGGACACAAGUAUGAAGGAGUCAGAUUUGAAAAGGGAAACUGCAGAGUCAGCAUAAUGAGAAGCGGAGAGGCAAUGGAACAAGGUUUAUGAGACUGCUGUAGAUCAAUCCGCAUAGGAAAAAUCCUGAUACAGAGCGACGAGGAGACUCAAAGAGCGAAAGUGUACUAUGCGAAGUUUCCACCAGACAUUUACAGGAGAAAAGUUCUUCUUAUGUACCCAAUACUAAGUACUGGUAAUACUGUUAUUGAGGCUGUCAAAGUUCUUGUAGAACAUGGCGUACAACCAAGUGUCAUUAUCCUGCUAAGCCUAUUCUCCACACCUCACGGUUCCAAAUCUAUCAUCCAGGAAUUCCCAGAGAUCACCAUUUUAACUACAGAAGUUCAUCCUGUUGCACCAACACACUUUGGACAGAAGUAUUUUGGAACAGACUGACACACUCGGAACAAACGGAUGUGACUAUAGG